AUGGGUCGUGUGAUCCGCAACCAGAGGAAGGGUCGUGGAUCCAUUUUCACGGCUCACACCCGUCUCAACAAGGCCCCUGCCCAAUUCCGCACUCUCGACUACGCUGAGCGACAUGGAUACGUUCGCGGUGUUGUGAAGGAGAUCAUCCACGAUCCUGGUCGUGGUGCGCCCUUGGCUAAGGUUUCUUUCCGCCACCCAUACCGCUUCAAGAAGAUCACCGAGACAUUCAUCGCCAACGAGGGCAUGUACACUGGCCAGUUCAUCUACGCCGGCAAGAGCGCCGCCCUGACUGUUGGAAACAUCCUCCCUCUCGGCUCCGUCCCCGAAGGUACCGUCGUCACCAACGUCGAGGAGAAGAUCGGUGACCGUGGCUCUCUUGGCCGUACUUCUGGCAACUACGUUACUGUCAUCGGCCACAACCGUGACGAGGGAAAGACCCGUGUCAAGCUUCCCAGUGGUUCCAAGAAGGUCGUCAGCAGCAAAUCUCGUGGUAUGAUCGGAAUUGUUGCCGGAGGUGGUCGUACCGACAAGCCUUUGCUGAAGGCCUCCCGUGCCAAGCACAAGUUCGCUGUCAAGCGCAACUCCUGGCCCAAGACUCGUGGUGUUGCCAUGAACCCUGUCGACCAUCCUCACGGUGGUGGUAACCAUCAACACAUUGGUAAAGCCUCUACUAUCUCGCGGUACGCUGCCCAAGGUCAAAAAGCCGGUCUUAUUGCUGCUCGUCGUACCGGUCUCUUGAGAGGUACCCAAAAGGUUAAAGAAGCAUGA